AUGACCAAAGGGCCCUGGCCAUGGCUCGGUCCCACUGCUUACAGGCGGGUGCUACGGCAGCGUGAGUGCCGACAGAGACAAGCCCAUCCUGCCUGGAUCAAAGCUUCACGUUUUUGCAAAGCUCCGUCAUGCUCAACGGGUUUCUGCGCUCGGCCAAGGUGCUUCCAGGCAUGA